UGGUGUCAUCCCACUGGAGUCAUGGUUCUGCUCAUCUGAGGAAAAGUCCUGUGUUCCCUCUCUUUUAACUCUGUUUUGGUCUCCUGGAUAAAAAUAUCAGGAUCUCCAGCUGCUAAAUGCUCCUCUGUGUUCAACAACUGCUCUUUAAUUGUGUUUGUCUGCUGUUUGCUGCUGAGCAGGUCAGAAGGUGCAGGGGGUGUAUCAGAGCUUUUCUAAUGAAACCAACUGCCUGCUGCUGCUGGGAAUGACGCUGAUGAGAGCAGUGAGUCCAACCACCUGACACAGCCUUUAACACCGUAAUAUAUUUUCAGUUUACUUUUUUCUCUUUAAAAGUAUUUCUAAUUGAUGAAAAUAACUUUAACAGAGAAGACAAUAACAUAAAACUUUUACACUGUAGUAAGUUUAGAGAAAUUAUUGCUGCUAUAUAAAAAAGUGUGGGAUAAGAGAAAAAUUCCAGGGAGCUUGAAAAAGGUGAUAAAUAUUCCAAAAAGAUAACCUGGAAAAGAUACCAGCAGGCCUGGAAACUAUUGACCAAAACUUUGAACACGUCUAUAAAUUAAUGAAAUGUAUUAUAAAUACAUGAAUGUACUGUGUGGAAAGUAGAGGUGUUGACAGAAAUAUGUUUUGUCAGGUGAGCAAUAGACACAGACAAUCUGACUGUCAAAAUAGUUUUGUCAUGGCUAUAGACAAAUGUUUUGUCACAUGAUCAGUUGACAUCGUACAGAGGCAGAGAAAGGCAAUACUCGCUAAUUUUUUUUUAUCUUGAGAUAACAAAGCUCGUUAUCUAGAGUUAACAAGAUAUUAUCAGGAGAAAACCAUUUUUUGUUAUCCUGAGAUAACAAGAUAAUUAUACCCUUAUCUGGAGAUAACAAAGCUUGUUUUCUCAAUAUGACUUUGUUAAUCAGAGAUCAGAUGCAGAUGGAAACUUCUAGUGCUGAAAACUGAAAAUGUCAGGGCGGGGCAUUGAUCAACGCGCCAGAGAAUAAUUCAAUCAUGGGCAGAGGUCACACUAUGUCUUUUCAUACAAGAUCAUUUUUAGAUCCUCGUCAGCUUACAAUUACUAAGGCUACGGAGGAGAGUCACUAAGACGUAGUGUAUGAAGUUCAGUCAAAAUCGUUUUCUCCUGAUAAUAUCUUGUUAUCUUGGGAUAACAAAUACAGUUUUCUCCUGACGAUAUUUCGUUAUCUCAGGAUAACCAAAACUCUUCUACUUCUGAUAAUAUCUCACCAACUCAGAAUAACAAAAAAUAGUUUUCUCCUCAUAAUAUCUUGAGAUGACAAAAAAUUGUUUUCUCCUGAUGAUAUUUCCUUAUCUCGGGAUAACAAACUUUGUUUUCUUGAGAAGAUAGGAUAUAAAAUAUUUGCUAGUAUGGUCUUUCUUUGCUGAUCAUGUCACAAAACAUUUGUCCAUGUACUUCAGCCCUCGGCUUCCACAGCCAUAGACAGUGCACAUGUAGACAUAUUUUGGCACAAAUCGAACCCUAUACCCGGUAAAGACAGUUUAGUAUAUUCUUAUAUAAAGCAGGAAAUAAACACAGAAAAUAGAAGAACUGAUGACAUAAUUAAAAUAGGGCGGGUAGAGGACAACGUUAAAAGUAUAUUAGACUGUGGAGACAGCGUUCAAAAUAAGAAGUGGUUUAGUUUUUCAAUGAAGAAUGGAUACAGCUUUAAUGUGAGUGGCCCAAUAGAAACUGAAGGUGGCAGUAAUGCACAUCGUGGAUGUCAACUGCCGUAAAACGUCAAAGAAGAAGAAAGAGGAAAACAAGAAGAAGCGAAGAAGAAGCAAGAGCCAUAAUAAAACAUAACUAACAGGACUGGGGUGAAAAUCUCCGACAUGUACAGGUGUUAGGUAGUUAAUGUUGCUUAAACACAAACAGACAGAAGUUUUCCGUGAAAAGACUCCACAAUAAAAGCCCACAGAGGAGAGUUCAGUUGCUUUGUUGCGGUUUUGACGCAGACCUCGGUUGUUUUCGUCGUUGAGACGCGCAGACGCUACAAGCCAGCUAGCAGCGUUAGCUUGUUUACUCUCAGUCCGGUUCCCGGUUUCUGUUUAAUGUCACUGGUCUCCAGUUCCGCGUGCAGACAUGGAGAGUUUGUACAAGCGGAAAAUGUUCGCGUCGAUGCGGAAAACCAAAGUGGAUGCAUCGAAGAAGCGGCAAAUCGGCCUGCCCGCCUCCAUACUGGACGACAGUGACGAGGGCUCCUUCUCCUCCUCCUCCUCCUCCUCCGGAUCCCAGUCCGACUUCCAGAGCUCCCCGGAGGACGACAGCGAGCAGGAUUACCGGGGCCGGAGCGAGUCAGGGGCGACUUCGAGCGACGACAGCCGCUCCGUGACCCGCAGGAAGCGCUCGUUCCUGGGAGGCAACGACAGCUCCUCGUCCUCCAGUGAGGAGGACGAUGAAGAGGAGGACGAUGAAGAGGAUGACAGGAGCCAACCGAAGAGGAUGGUGCAGCCCAGGAAGCGGAGCAGGUUGCAGCGGCAGGACGAGUCGGACUCGGACCAUGCGGAGGAGAAGGGAAGAGAGGAGGCGGAGAAGGCGAAGAGGAGGCAGAGACACAGCAAACUGCUGGCGCUGUCCCAAAGGAUGAAGGCCCGAAUCCCGAGCCGGAGGAGGAGCCGCUUAAAGCAGGGUACGGGCAAGGGCGACAAGGAAGAGUCUAAAGAAGGUGAGGAUGAGGCUGGUGGUGAUGAAGAUGGGGAUGGAGGCAGCAGCAAGAAAGAGGCUGAAAGAGGCGAUGAAGGAGGCAGAGAGGAAGAGGAGGAGGAGGACAAGGAGGAGGACGAGGAGGACAAGGACAAAGAGGAGCAGGAGGAGGGGAAGGAAUAGAUCCACACUCUCAUGGAGACAGAAACUUUAGCCAUCUGAAAAUGACUCAUUAUUGUACAUUUACUUUCUCCUUCAGAGCUUAAAGUGGAAAGCAAAUCACUUAGAACUGCCAUCUUUUCCCCAUUGCAACAGUUGUUGGUGACAUGCAACAGAAAGAUGUCCAGUGGAUUUGGACGACCUAAGUGAAGUGAUACGUCAUAGUCUGUGAAGGACGUGGAGCCUGACAUGGGACAGAGCUGUAGACAGAUGCUGAGUUUGAAACAUGGUUGAUAGAUAUGAACCAACUCGGUUCUGAUACGCCACUCAUCAUAUUUCAAGUCAGGGCAGUUUUAUUUAUGUGUCCCAGAGUCACUAAUCGCAGUAGUUGAUUCCCAAUCAACGUCAUGUCUCAUUUCCCAUUGACAACUGGCACUUGACUGAUGGAAGCUAAUACUUUAGUGGUUGCUAAUGCUGCAAUUAAGUUAUAUGGCAUGUGUUGUGGAUAUGGGAACAUUCCCAUGUUUACUUGCAAACCUUCACGUUAUCAGCCUAAUCAAGAUGGUUGUAUGAUUACAGUGUUGGUCAAGUGAGGGUUGAAAUACUAUGCACUGACAAUAACACUAUCCAUUAUUACGCCAGUGGAUCACCAGCAGCAUCCCAACAAUCAACAGUUCAUGAAGAUGAUGUCAGGGCUUCAGCCGGAGCAGGAAGACAGAAGAUCUGCUCAGUGACACAUGAAAUUCUCCUGUUGAUACAUUGAGUUGAAGAAAUGUGAGAGAGUCACAGUCAACACACUGUGUCCACAACAACGAGAGAAGUCAGUCAGAAGUCCUGGAGAGCUUCAGACUCCUGUUCUGUUCCUGUCUGCAGUGAUGAAGCAUCCUGACUAUGAUGAAAUUGAUUUCACUGGUCUGGAUGGACAAUGGCCGCUGAGGCUUAUGGGUACUUUAGUACUUGGAGACAUUCAGCAUACCACAACUGACAGCAUUGAGAUUCUUCUGUGUUGCACUUUUCCUUCUUUAAAUGAGAUUAAAUCGGAGCCAGUUCCUGCAAAGCAGAAGUACUUGUUUUUCUCAGGCUCCUGUGUGACGUCUGCAGACCAUUCAGACUGAAUGAACUGAAACACUUGUACGUUUUCUUGUACAGUAGCUUUUUAUUGGUCACAGUUUAAAGGCAGUGUUUGCAGAAGCGUCUGUAUCUUUUGAUAGUUUUGUCCAUCUCUGCUGUGAGUUGAAAGUAGGGCCACACACUCAAUAUUGAUUAUCAUUAAUAAUUUCCAGUGAUCCAUUUUUAGUGAAGACCAGGAGAAUAGUGGGACACUGCUGCGUGGGUUAUGUGCUUGUACCGUUUGGAUGUUGCGUCAUACGGUGUCGCUGUUGAGCUCCUCUCCAUCGUGGAGCCUGUGGCCUGUCUCUUGAGAUGUAGCAGAUGUUGGUCGAGACUGACGGCAUGUUGCGUGAUCCAAAGGGAGUUGCUGAGGUGAUGAGUUUGUUGUUUUCCUGCACAGCAUUGAUUUGAUAUUGUUUAGAAUUAAAGAAACCAACCUACCUUCAGCAGCUGUGAUCAUUCUCUCACUCCACACUUCUGUUGUUAUUGGUACAACUGAAACCUGUUGAAUGCCUGACUCUGUGUCACUUGUAGGGAUGUGAUUGGCUGUUUAUGAGCCAGGGAGGUGGCACGCUCUGGGUUGUUUCAUGCAACUGUGAAGCUAUCUGACUUUCUGUCGAUCAAUCUUCAUAUUAGUAUUGAUGACGCGUCUGUUGCCGGUACAGAUCACUAUGGUUUUAUCACCCAGGCCUAGUUAUAAAUACAUUUGUCUCAGCAGCUGCUCUUUGAUUACAACAUGUCUGUUAAGAUUCUCAGUCAUGGCUUAAUUUAUCUUUGAUCACAGCUUCUCUGUUGUGAGGAUCUGCUGCUUUUCUAUUCUCUUUCAUAGUAAACUGAAGGUCUUUGGGUUUUGGAUUGUUGGUUGAUAAAACUUUUGACAAUGUCACCUUGGACACUGAGAAACACUGAUACUCAUUUUCACUAUAUUUCAUGGACUAAACAAUUAAUCAAAAAAUAAUAACAGAUUAGUUGUUUGAAAAACUGCCUGUAUUUAAGGUGUGUUUACUGCGGGAUUUCUCUCCAAAAUGAGCUAUAACGCUGACCUUGGGGAACAGUGUAUAGUAAAGAAAAUUUUUGAAGGUACUCCUGGCCAACCUUUGAAAAGCCCAAAGCUGGACAGAAUAUUUUCCAGUGAAAUGUUUUCACAGUUGACGCAAUUGACACAAGAUGCACACAACUAUCAAAAUAAGAAUCAGACUGUAAAAGAAACAAAAAAGAGUUAUUUUUCUUAUGUUCAUAUCGAAUCAGAGAUUCUGGACAUAUCUCCUAAAAGCAGAAAACUGAUUGCAGUUUACAUUUUGCACUUUCACUGCAAGUUUUUUAAUUUAAUUUGGUCAAACAUUUUUGUAAAUGUCAACGUAUAAAUGUGACAGGAAAAGAAAUCAUGUCUCUGUUAUAUAUAAUUAAUUGAGCGCCUCAUACAAAAAAGUUCUUUUUGUACUUGUUCUAUUUAUUUCUUCCUUUCUGAAGUCUGUCACAGUGAUGCAUUCAUGUGCUAAUGUAAAAUUUGGACAAAUAAUGUCCCUAAUUUGAAGUAAACUCUUUUUUUAAUAAUCUUUCCUCUGUAGAUCCUCUCUCUGUGGUGGUGCGUUUAAGGACACUCGUACCAAAUGGAUAACAGACCACAACACUAUAAAUAAGCUGCCAGUGUGCAGCUACUGAACCUGAACCUACAGAGUGUUUAAAAGCCUUGUGGCCUUUUCUGCUUUUCUCAACUACUGGACUCAGUGUGUUCUACAGUAUCAUGAUGAUACACAGACGCAUACGUCAUAGUUACAUAUCAGUGCUGUGUAUUUACUUGUUUUCCAGUGUAUUUCUGGUCUCUUGUUGCUGUAUAAGGCUCUUCAGACCAACCUGCCCUGUUGAAAACACUUUUAUAAAUAAAGCUUCUUGUUUUGACAGAUUA